AACAACAAGUCCACUGUUCAAAGAACUCACUGUCUGUUUCUGUGUUUCCUUCUGUUUUCAUCAGAGUGCACAGAGGACAACCCCUGCCUGGGUUUACAUCGGUACGCCAACUUCAAGCACUUUGGGGCGGCCCUGCUCACGCUCUACCAGGUGUGCACCGGAGACAACUGGAGUGGGAUUCUGAAAGACACAUUGAGGGAGUGUCCUCCAGGGGGAGAUGGCUGCUCCAGCUACAUGAACUUGGUCUCCCCUGUCUACUUCAUUACCUUUGUCAUCAUGGCCCAGUUCGUGCUAGCAAACCUGGUGGUUGCAGCCAUCAUGCAGGCUCUGGAGGACAGCAAGCAAGAGGACCAUGUUAGACCUCCAAGAAACCAAGGCCCUCAGAUGAUUGCGGAUCCUGCUGUCCCAGCCCCCGAACCUUGAACCCAGCUGGGGAUAGAUUUGGUGAUCUUCCUGAUGAAAU